CCAAAUUGAUUUAUUAUUGGACCGCACUCCGGUUUGUUCCAAUCCGGACGGAUGAACAUAGAGAAAGGAGGGGGGGGGGGGGGGGGGGGGGGGGGGGGGGGGGAAUUGUCAAAAGAAAAGAGAAAGGAUUAAUAAUUUUCCAUUAUCUUUGAAUAACAUCGUUGACUAGGAGGAACAACACAUCCAAUCUAUUCCUUCCUUCCGUUUCCUCCCAACCAUAAACUCAUUUUUUCUCCGUUCUUCCUUGUUCCUCCCCCCCAAUCUCCACCCCUUCACCUUCACCCGCCACGCCUGCAGGCUCCUCCUCCUUCACUCACCGUCUUGCCUGGUAUUGUCCAAUUCCUGCUUUGGGUCCUAAGCUCGAAGUCGUGUCUUUCCUUCAAUGUUCUUGUUCGAAACAUAGCAGCAGAUUUACCUUGUUGGGAAUUGUGUGAGUAAAGCAGUCGCCUGCUUUUGACGUCGGGUUGUUUGAAUCUGUAAAUUUACCGAUGAGAAGUGUUGGGCAAAAAGCGUCUGCUUUGCUUGAGGAUUUGGCGGGUUAUCUUCUUUCAGUUGUCUUUGUUUAAAGGGAUCCGUGGAGCUGCAGCUUUUGUACCUUAGUUUCUCUAAAGUCCACAUGGGAUUGAGUCUGCCCUCUUUCCAGAUCCCAAAUUGGCUGCAAUUUCAAAACCCUAGCCUUUGUCCUAUGUAGUAUGUACAUGGUUGUUGGUUGUGGCAGCGGCGUUGUUGUUGUUGUUGUAGUUCUAGACUUGUAGUCAUUCCAAUAAUUCAUCCUGUUCCUCGAGACCUUAAGUUCGGGCUUCAUUGAAACCUUCGUAAUAAGGAUAUUAUUGGAAAACUUGGCCCCGGUUUUUAGGGUUUCAAACUCUACACUUCCCUGUUUUAAGUUUUUGUCAUUGUUGGUGGAAGCCAUACCUGCUCUUUCAUCUCGGGGAGGAAAGGAGUCUAUCACGAAGGAGCCUGAGAUCAAGUGAUUAUCUUGAUUUCUACUGUGAAAAGAGCCCCCUCAAAGAUUUGAGCAUGAGUCGAUCCUCUUCGCGAAGCGAUUAUUACAAACCUGAUGGUGUGAGGAAGCGGUUAGUGACAGCUUCAUCUCCCUCCAGCAGGUAUGAUCAGGAUAAAUCUAUUGAUGCCGAUGGUCGAGACAACUUGAGGUUGGUGCGCAAGCGUACUGAUUACGAUUAUGAUAGCUUCGAUAGAAGGAAAGGAUUGGGUUCUGGGUUUGAUAGGUAUGCAGGUAGAGAAGGCUACAACAGUGGAGGAGGUGGUAGCAGUAGUUGUGGAGUUAGUGCUGAUCGAACCAUUCAUCGAUCAGAGAGUUUCUCAGGGUCCCGGAGGGAGUUCCCCAAAGGAUUUAGGUCAGAGAGGGACCGCUCCCGAAGAGAAGGGAGUGUGUCUUCAUGGAGGAGGUUUGGCAGUGAGAGCAAGGAUUUUGGGGAGGGCAGAGGGAGCAGAAUUGGGAAUGAGGAGAGAAUGGCUUCUGCAGCUAGGUUUUCUCCUAAAGGUUUGAGAGAGAUCAAGUCGCCAACUUGGUCUCGAGACUCAGGUAGCGAGCAGUCAAAGAUAUUCAGGGGCAGCGAUAGGGAUGAAGGAAAGGGCAGGUCUUCAACUUCUAAGUCGAGGUCAUCCCCUACAUGGUCGAAAGAGUCAGGCAGUGAACAAUCAAAAAGUGUGGAGGUGGGGAAGAGGAGUGUUGAAGUUGAGGCAAUAAGUGCUGAAGUUGGAACACGGAGUGUUGAAGUGGAGAGGUGGAAUGUUGAAAUGGAGGUAAAGAGUAUCCAGACUCGCAGCAGCACUGAGAUGGAGGAAGGUGAGCUUGAGCCAGAGCGUGAUUCGAAUCAGGAGGUUGUACAUGAAGAUGAGAAUGGAGUUGAAAAGCUACGAGUAAAAGACGCUAAGUCGGAUGUGGAGGUUGACACUGGAGUGAAUGAACGAGAGGAUGAAGUAGUAAAAACUGAUGAGCCACAGAAAGCUAGUAUGCCUGAGAUGAAUGAUGUGGAUAAGGCAGGCGUCAAGAUGUUAAAUCACGAGAGCAAUGUGAAGAAGGAAAACAGCCUUUAUAUUGAUGGGCUUAAAGGUGAGGUUUCUGAAGGAACUGAGGAUGUCAUGAAUUUGGAGGACCAGAGUGAAUGCAAGGAGGGGAGUUGUCAAGCUAACUCUAUGAAGGAAGCUGAGGACUUGAAUAGAAAGAGUACAGAGGGGAAUGUAUUCAAUCUUGAGGCUAAGAUGGCGGAAGCUGAUGUACAAGAGUCAAAAGUUGAAGUGGUUGGGGACAAUGCAGGGGCCGAACUUAAUGCCAUUUUUGUCACUCAGAAUUUGGCUCAGAACUUGAAAAGUAAAGGUAAGAAUGUGGUUGUUUCAACUGCACAUGUGACUGAUGCUCCGUGGACAGAAACAGAACCAAGUGCCCGUUCUUUUGGGGGUAGGGAUGAUGAUAUGGAGGGACCGAGUAUUCGGGGAUUUGAGCUGUUCAGUAACUCUCCUAUUAGGAGAGUGGAGAAAGAGGAGCACUCUGGUGCUAGCAAACAGAAAGAUGAAAGGCUCGUUUUAGAGCCACUCGAUCUCUCUCUCAGCUUACCCAAUGUACUGUUACCAAUUGGAGCUUCCAAAGAUACUACACAAGCCCCUUGCUCUCCAAGCCAGACAAGAAGUUUUCAGUCUUUCAGCACAUUCCGGACAAACUCUGAUGGAUUUACUGCAUCAAUGUCUUGUUCUGGCUCACAGUCGUUUUUUCACAACCCAAGCUGUUCACUAACUCAUAAUUCAUUGGAUCUCGACAAUUAUGAACAAUCUGUUCACAGCCGUCCCCUAUUUCAGGGAAUUGAUUGGCAGGCCCAGAAUCAAAAUGAUUCAAAGAACAAGGAGAGUUCGUUGUACCAGAAAAUUUUGAUGAAUGGUAAUGGAUCUCUACAUCAGAGUGUGCCAAAUGGUCAAGCAGUGAAUGGAAGCUUCAAAAUGUCAGAUGGAAAUGGUCUUGGACGACAGAUGAGUCUGCAUAAGCAGUUAUCUGGGGUCUCGGCAAGGAACUAUGAUGACACUAGAUCCCAGUCCCAGAGCCUCGCUUCUCAAGAUAUGGCCCCUACCUAUAGCUAUGACAAGAAGCAAGCUGCAAGGAAAAAGCAUUCCAGUAGCAUGUACAGGAGUAAUAGUCAGAAAGAAGAACGGUUUUUGAUAGGUGGUGCUGAUUUUGUGGAGACUGUCAUCAGCAGGAUAGUGUCUGACCCCAUCCAUGUUAUGGCCAGAAAGUUCCAUGAAAUGACAGCACAGUCUGCAUCUUGUUUGAAGGAGAGCAUCUGUGAGAUCAUGCUUAAUGCUGAUAGGCAGGGCCAGUUAUGUGCAUUUCAGUCCGCUCUCCACAACAGAUCAGACUUGACAUUGGAUACCCUAUUAAAGUCCCAUAAGGCACAGCUGGAGAUCCUGGUUGCUUUGAAAACUGGACAGGUGGAAUAUCUUAAAGUGGACAAUGGUGUUGUUUCAUCCUCUGAUUUGGCCGAGGUUUUCUUGAACCUAAGAUGCCGAAAUAUCACCUGUAGGAGUCCUUUACCUGUAGACGAGUGUGACUGCAAAAUUUGUUCAAAGAAGAAUGGGUUUUGCAGCACUUGCAUGUGUCUGGUAUGCUUAAAGUUUGACAUGGCAUCAAAUACUUGUAGCUGGGUUGGUUGCGAUGUUUGUCUUCAUUGGUGUCAUGCUGACUGUGCAUUGCGUGAGUCUUACAUUAGAAAUGGAAGGAGCCCUACAAUUGGGGAAGUUCGACUGGAGACUACCGAGAUGCAGUUCCACUGUGUUGCUUGUGAUCAUCCAUCCGAGAUGUUUGGUUUCGCGAAGGAGGUAUUUCAGAACUUUGCCAAAGAAUGGACUGCAGAAACAUUGUGCAAGGAGCUCGAGUAUGUGAAAAGAAUUUUUAGUGGUAGCAAGGAUGUGAGAGGGAGACGGCUCCAUGAGAUUGCCGAUCAGAUGCUGGCAAAAAUGGCAAACAAGGCUAACCUUCGACAAGUUUAUAGCUAUAUCACAGCCUUCCUAAAUGAUGGUGAUUCUUCCAAGUUCACAAGUGGUGCUGUUUAUACAACUACUAGUAAGGAACAAGGGAGUGGAAGUAGUAGUGCUGGGCCUAAUCAGGAUGGACAUUGGCGAAAGUCUACUUUGGAGAAUGGUCCUAAACUGGAGAGAUCCUCUAGUCUUCUGCUUCCUACUACUUUUCCUGCUGAUUUGAAUGAUAAACGCCCACUUGAGACUUCCGAGUUGCGAAGAAGUAGUAGCUUGAAAGAGCCAGGUUUUGAUGAGCUGGAAGGCAUAGUGAGAAUUAAACAAGCAGAAGCACAAAUGUUCCAAGCAAGAGCAGAUGAUGCAAGAAGAGAAGCUGACGGCUUGAGACGGAUCGCUACUGCAAAGAAUGAAAAGAUCGAAGGGGAGUAUGCAAGCAGGAUUGCCAAACUGCGGGUAAUUGAGACUGAAGAAUUGCGCAAGCAGAAGCUCCAGGAAUUCCAGACGCUAGAAAGGUCCCACAGGGAGUAUUUUGGCAUGAAGAUGAGGAUGGAAGCGGAUAUCAAGGACCUACUGUUGAAAAUGGAAGCUACCAAACAGAACCUUGCCAUGUGAUGAACGAAGCAGCAGAGUGUUUGCGGCCAAGGUUUGCAGUAUCAAUGAUCACAGGACAAAGAGAAGGAAGGCAGAACUGUUUAGAGAUGGAUGAACUUGGCUUGUUGGAAUUGUGUAGCAUGCUGACGCCAAGUGGCUGUUGUAGCUUAGCUUUAAUUUGAAGAUGUAGCAGAGGUAUGUUUGGUCUUUUCCAAUUCACUAGUCUUCUUGCUUUUCCCUCCGCUCUCCUGCUAACUGUAACAUGUACAGAAUCUGCAAUUUAUCUUUUCUCGCUAUGUUGAUUAGCAGUGAAUGAAUCGGAUGAAAGCAGUUCGUUUGAAAGGGCAACAAGUGAAACAAACGUAGAAACAACCUUUUUCCAGCUCUUUUGUUUCCAUUUUAUUCAAGUUCAAUGUGAUUUCUCAAUAGGUGCUUCUUCUCAUCUUCAGCUUUUCCAGAAACAUCAUUUGCAUGUUUUGGUUGCCUAUAUAGUCUGCGAUUGAUUGAUCCAGUGAAUGUCAUCCUAUGUUUUGGUUACCUUCCUGAUCCACAAUGAUCUUCUUAUUCCUUUAUUUCAAUUUUUUCUUUUAAGCAAUUAAUUGAUUUAGGAAUCUCUUCUAGAGUACCGAUAAUAAGAUUCACAUUAUUAACAUCAAAUAAUAGAUCGUUACGAACACAUUUUUUGACCUUUUCUUUCGAAAAGAGAAAGCGGUUACUUUAUAACAGCUAAAUUUGUGUUAUUUAGCCUCCAUUAUUAUGGUAUUUGUGUGCUAAAUCAUCAUGUUUGGGCCACAAUGUAGUCCAAUUUAUGCUAAAAUGCAUUCUUAUCAUCAAACCAUGAGUUUUAGCAUGAGCUAGGUUGCUAUGAGUUUCGUCAUCGGGAAAUUAUCCAAUUUUUCGAAAUUUUAUACUUGUGUGGUGUUUUGACGAUGUUCCAAGUCUUGUACUCGUCUUUGAUUUAUUGGGGAUCGAUUUGGUGAGUGAGGAUAGAAAAGGUGUUUUUUAUUUUAUUUUCAGUUUAUCUUUUUAUUAUAUUAUUAAAUUUAUAUUUCACACAUGACAUCAACGUCAGUGAUGUUGACCGUCUAAUUUGACAGAAAUUCACGAAUUAGGUCAAUUGAGUUUAUAUGGUGUAUACUGUAUAGUUGAGGCUAGGAUAGCAAUUUAUAAAACCAUUGGCCAGAGUUGAUUAUAUAGAUAUAGUUCAGACCAUAAUAAGGUAUUAACCCUUUUAUUUAUAGGCCCUAAUUUGAUCAUGCAUAUUUCAUGACCGACAACAAUUAAAUUAGGUUCGACCAACUAGCUUGAAAACUAGGGUUGAAAAUAGGUACGGUAUCUGUAUCUGAUGACUCGGUAUUUGCACAUGUUUUCCCCUUUGUUUCUUGAUUGUUUGAGCUUGAAUUAUCGUGUCUUUGGCCUAUUUUACGCUAGGUUGUGUUCCUUUGUCACAUUUCAGGUCCUAGCACAUAAAGUGAAGCAUAGGCGCAAGUUUCAAGUCAAUCAGAGAUCAAUUGACGAUUCGGGAGAAGAAACUCGGGUAUGACCUGAAGAAGAAUGGAUUUCUACCUCACUUUAUGGACAAAGAAUCAUGCAAGCUUGUCAUGAAAAGAAAGAGGACUAGACUACGAGCGUCUGGGAUCAAACGGCGACUGAUUCGGAGUCCAGACGAGGGAGAAACGAAGCAUUAAACAGAGGCUGAGCAAGCCACACGGGCACAACCCACACGGCCGUGUGACCUGGCCAUGUGGCCGUGUGGAAAUCACCGAGCCUUCACACGGGCAGUUGGGAAAGCCACACGGCCGUGUGAGUCAGGAAUUGCUGUUUAAAACCCGAUUUUCAGCAAAAGGAAAGGGGGAGAGCUGGGUUUUGGAUCCCAAACACCCAAGGGACGAACCCUAGAGAGAGAGAGCGACUUGGGAACAUUCUUGGAGCUAUUUUGGAGGAUUUCUUCGCCAUUGGAGCUCGGGAAUCAAGCUUGGAGAUGGAGAUUGAAGAUCUAGAUCAGAUUUCUGCAGUCUCUCUCUUCUCUAUGGAGUAACUUCCCUUCACUUAGGUUUUGAGGAGCCCUAGUUCCAUGAGUUAGGAUCUUUCUUGAUUCCCGAGCUCCAAUGGCGAAGAAAUCCUCCAAAAUAGCUCCAAGAAUGUUCCCAAGUCGCUCUCUCUCUCUCUAGGGUUCGUCCCUUGGGUGUUUGGGAUCCAAAACCCAGCUCUCCCCCUUUCCUUUUGCUGAAAAUCGGGUUUUAAACAGCAAUUCCCGACUCACACGGCCAGGCCACACGGCCAUGUGGCUUUCCCAGCUGCCCGUGUGAAGGCUCGGUGAUUUCCACACGGCCACAUGGCCAGGUCACACGGCCGUGUGGGUUGUGCCCGUGUGGCUUGCUCAGCCUCUGUUUAAUGCUUCGUUUCUCCCUCGUCCGGACUCCGAAUCAGUCGCCGUUUGAUCCCAGAUAGGGAUGGCAAAAAUAUCCGUAACCGUGGAUAUUCACCCGAAUCCGACCUAAUCGGGUAGGGUAAAACCCGAACCCGAAGCAUUUUUCGUGGGUACGGGUAAAACCCGAACUCGAAUGUUGCGGGUAAUGGGUGGGCAUGGUUAUCUCACUAUCCAACCUGAACCCGCCCGAUUAUACAUAUGCAUAUGUAUUUUGUCUUGAAAUAAUCAUUAUUUUUCUCUAGAAUAUUUUAUAUUUAGCAUAUAAAUAUAAUAUAUUCAUGAAAUUAUG